AUGUCUCAGUCAAGGGAAAGUACAAAUUCGAUGGCAUUGCCAUUUGCGAAUGCUUCAACAAUAGUACGAGCUAAUCAAAAGGAUGCUUACUUUGAAUCAGACAUUCGAACCAAGAUACAAGAUGUCAUACAUGCACUCAAGGACCAGAGGUUUGUUUAUUCGCAUCCUGAAGAGAUUACGGUGUUUGCUAAGAGUCUAUACUUGGCAUUAACAACAUUACUUGGGGCAAGAACUUUGGGAGAAGAGUAUGUUGAUCUUAUAUAUGUGAACAAAUCUGGAAGCAGAUUGCCUCUGAUCAAGCGGCGACUUGGAUUUGUUGCGUCUUACUCCUUGAUGCCGUAUAUAGUAAGUUCAUUGAUGAAACUACUUCGGAAGAAAUACGAUGCUUAUGAUGACGAUGAUGAUGAAGAUGAGGACGACAAACGUAAAUCGAGUGGAGGGAACAUAGAAUGGCUAGUAAGGUUUUUAUCAUCUUACAGAAACACUUUGGACACGUUUAUGAAUCUUCAUAUUGCAUUAUUCUAUUUUUCUGGACAAUUUUACUCCUUAUCAAAGAGAAUCUUUGGUUUAAGAUAUGCAUUUGGACACAACAAAGAUAUUAGUAAGAUCCAAAAUGGUAACUAUUCACUUUUGGGUCUAUUGAUAUUUUUACAAUUUGGCAUCAAGACACUAAUUAAGUUCAAGACCUAUGUGGAAGAGCAGAAGAAUGCCAACCAACACAAUGCAUCCGAUCAGGAGACAUUACCAGGUAACGCUAUACGAAUUAGCAAGUUCAAGACAUUGGAAGCUUUGAAGAAAGGUAUGAAGAAGGAAGCGUUGGUGAAUAUCGAUCUCUCAAAUGCUGAUGAGUUGCCAUACAUACCUGAGGAGUCUAGAUCAUGCAUGCUUUGUCUAUCACCUAUGGUGAAUCCUUCUGCCGCACUCUGUGGUCAUAUAUUUUGUUGGGAUUGUAUAGUUGAUUGGAUUCGAGAACACCCUGAGUGUCCAUUGUGUCGACAACAGUGUUCUGAACAGAAUUUACUUCCACUCAGGUGA